AAACGUAAUUCAGGUUGUACUAGGAAAGUACUAGUAGUAUCUAUAAAUACAGCAUUGUUAUCUGCUCUUUAUUCAUUCAUCGUAAACAAAAAAAAAAAGCAGAUUAACCAGAGUAGGAGACAAGAAAUCAACAACAAUCAUGAAAGGUAUCAAUACACCACGAAAAAGUCAGGGGAGAGACUUGUUUUAUCAAACUCCGACUAAUUGUUCGGAUGAAGAGAUUCAACGAAACAUCCAGUUCUUGAAGAAACUGCAAGAGGCAGAUGAUAAAACACUCUACCGUCGAUACGAAGGUAUGAUGCAGCGUUAUCUAUCUGGCUAUAUAACCUACAUCCAACUCAAACGCGGACUGGUUCUCCUUCUCCGUAGACACAGAGCUUUGAUCAAAGAGUUUCGUCAGCUUUUAUCUUCUCCUGUAAGAAACAACUCCGAGAAAGAGAACCCAAAAGCCGAAUUGAAACGCACGGUUGCGUUCUUGCACAAGAUCGAAGCGUUGGGAGAGAGUGUUUACAAGGCUUUUAUGGAUGCGUUAGGGUUCAGUGGUGAUAAAGAGAUUCUGAUUGAACAACUCAGCGAAAUGUUGCGCGGUCAUGAAUCUCUAAAAGAGGAGUUUCAAACGUUCUUGAUCGAUAACCGUUUACUCAAACGCAAACGCGAUUGCGUGAAUGUCACGCCAUCGUAUUGCUUUGGACCUGAAGUUGAAAAGGGAUCUUCCUCUGGUCCGGUUUUAAACGGGAAAUACUACUCUGGAGGUUCAUAUCAUGCGGAGGACUCAGUGGAGAAGAACAGUGAGGCUUGUCGCGUCGAGAAAAUGAACAGGUUCCAGGACAUGUUAUUGCAUGACCUAGAUUCGUUUAUUGAGUUUGGGAAGGUCCCGAAGGAUGACUUGAGAAACAAGAAAGCUCGUGAUAAGCGGCCGCAGGUAGGAUUGAGUAGAGUCUUAGAAUGGUUAUGCAACGGUAAGAAGGUUCCACCAGAAUUUUAAGACAGGUCCGAAAGGCGCAGCGAAAGCUAUUAGGCCUUCGUUAGAGUAUAAUGCCAAAGAAAAUAGGGUUGCAGGAGUCUAUCGUGAGAAUAAAGUGAACUAGUGACCAUGGUUUUUCUAUUUUAUUUUAGGGCAAUUUUCUCAAAUAGUUUUUUUAGAGUUUUUAUUGAAGAAAAUGAUGAAAAUAGCAUUUUUUUAUUUUGAAAUUUUUGAAACCCUAUAAAAAAAAUAUUUGAAACCCUAUCCUCAGAACUCCACCCCUUAACUCUAAACUCUAAGUCUAAAUUAGUUAAACCUAAAGAAAAAAUACUAAAAUUUAUUUUGAUCAUUUUCUUCAUUGAACGCUAUUUUUGUGAAAAUAAACUAAAAAAAGACCAUCUUAGGAAAUUUUUUUUUAUUUUAUUGAAUUACAAAAAUUGUAGCUAUAUUAUCCAUGAAUAUCGUUUAAGGUUUACAAAAAUCUCAUUUAUGAUUUCUUGUAGUUAAAUCAAUUUUUUCGUAACUGAAAACAUCUAAAAAUAAAAUAAAAAAUCACAAAUACAUACUUAUAUUUUAUUAAGUUAAAUAGAUUAAUAAAAUAAAAUAAAUUGGUAAUAGGUGGAUCGUUAUCUUUCAAUUUUAAAUGUGAGAGUUUGUCCUUAAUAUGUUUCUUCAAGAUAAUAUAUUUUGCCAUCAAUUUCAAAAUAUUUGAACAAAUAUCGAUGGGUCAAUUUUGAAUUUGAUCGAUUAUGGAUUAUGUUGGAUAUUAUGGAUCGGAUUAUAAUACCAUACUAAGUUAUAAAAGUUUUCAAUCUACAGCCUAUUUCCAGUUUACAUUUAACUUAUAUAUUAGUUACGAUCCAUUUCAAUUUAUGUUCUGAUAUGGACACAAACAUAUUGUGAUACUUUAGACUUGUUCAUGUGAAACUGUUUAAAUAUUUUUUCAACGUAGUUCUCAUGAGACAAGUUAAUCAACUUAUCACCUCUAUUUCGAGUUAUUUUCAUACCAAGAAUCCGUUUCAUGGACCCAUUUUUUUUAAAUUUAUCCUUAUAUAAUUUUGAAAAUUAUUAUUUUUUAUAUAUCGACUAUAUUAAUUUUUAAUUGACUUUAGCUAUUAUUUUGUGAUAAAAUAUUCAUAUAGUUCUCCGAUUAUUUUUAUAUUUUAUAAAAUUUAAAAAUAUAUAACAGAUAAAUGAUUUCUAUUUAUAUUUAGUUAACAACCAAAAUAUGUUCUGUCAAAAAUGUUAUGUUUGUGCCUCGUGGAUCAAAAUAUGAGUGGAAAAUAUUACAAAAACCUGGCCCAACUAAAAUUAUCGGUUUCAAAAAUAAACCACAAAAAAGUAAAGUUAAAAAGAACGUCUGGGUUUCAAUUCCUAGAGAAGGCAGAAUUAUGCGAAUUAAAAGAGAAAAACACUUACAAGAAAUCUGCAGCAUGGCGCAAGGAGUACAAUCAAGCGUGGAUUCCAUAUGGCGGCUCAGAUGAUGCAGUCAGACGUGAAUCUUCGUAAAGUAGGUAGAAUUGUUGUUUAUAGAGCGGUCUGUAAUAUUUCUCAUAGUUGUGAUAGCAUAAUUAUCCAGCGUUAAAAAAAAAAUUCUCUAAAUAUUUCUGGAAACUCUCCUAAUGGGUUUUGAGUUUGGUUGAAAAUUAUUGGUAUAAAACGUCUCAGUUUCUGAUUGGUUGAAUUAAUAGGUGGAGAACAUCAUUAUUAGAAUUCCAAUAAAAGCAGUGACAUUUUUUUUGUAAAUAACUUAAAAAUUAAGGGCAUAAUUCUAUUAGUGAUUUUGGUAUAGAUUGUGAAAGAGUUUUAGUGUAUCAGCAUUGGAGGUUUCUCACAUAAUCUUUCAUCAUUAAAAUAAUAAAAAUAUAUGAACGAGAAAAUGAGAGACUAGAGGAAGGAAAUUUCUUUUUUUGAGAGACUCUAGAAAAAAAAAGACCCAUUAAUCCAAAUGACUUAUUCAUAAUCAUUUAGUUUAAAAAACAAAUUACUAUUUGGUUACGUUAAUAUAUAAAAAUAUUGAUAUUAUACAUUUUGAGAAGCUCAUCUUAUGUGUUUCAUUUUCAUUUAGCUGUCUUCUUCUUUCUGUAGAAUUUCAAUGUGUCCAAUGAAGGUUCAUUGGUGAGUAUUGACCUUAAAUGAAGAGAACAAGCAGGAGGGUCGACAAGAAGAUUAUGUUAAGAUAUUUUAACUCCAAAGAAAGAUUUCAACCACCAACAUGAACCUCUCUAUGGUUAACACUCAGAUAAAAAAAAUAUCACACCCCUAAAAAUAGUAAGUAGACAUUCGAAUUGUUAAUCUUUUUAUUGUAUAUUCUAAUUUGAUAUUUAUCUUGCAGUUAUUAAAUAUUUUAUCACAAUUAGAAUGUUUUAUCAAAAGAGAAAAGUUAGACAACCUAAACUAUGAAUCAGUCUUUUGAGGUUGUUGACCAAAUAGUAGAUAUAUAAAAGGAAAUGUUUAACAUUUAUACAUGAUCAUAUGAAGAGCAUUGUGACAUAUGAUAAUAGGUAAACACAAAAGUCAAAUCCAGUUCGUCCAAAGAGUCCACAUUGGUGAAGUUCUAAUCAGUAAUAGAUGGAAGAUUGCUAUCAUUAAAGACCUAGGAAAUACAACAAUUGGUGCUGACAAAUUCUUCAAAUUCUCUAUGACCAGAAAUUUAUUUCUUUGUGUUGAAGCAAGAGAAUGACAAAAACAUAAAAUUUACAUACUGGACUAAAACCAUACUCAAUGUACGAGGAAGACUUGAAGAAAUUUGAGUCCAUGUUUUAUGAAAUUAUGGAUUAUCUCUCGAUAUGUUUUGGGUGUAAUUUUAGUGUAAAUUUUAGUGGAACAUCUAUUUUUAGAAUGUCAAUAUGUAGAUGUCAUUUUUGCUUGAUAGUAGAUGAAGUGGAUUUGAUUACAAGAGUUAUGUAUGACUAAAAAUGAAAAAUGUAAUUCAGAACUAUACUAAACUGCUUCAUUUUAAUUAGUGUUAAGAAAGAUAUAGUUGUGGAUGUUAUAGAAAAAAUGAUUUCUUGAUUGAAUGUAAAUUUGGUUUAAGAAAUGAGAACAUAUAGAAAGAGUUUCGUAUAGUUUUGGACAAUGCAGCUAUGAUAACUCCAAAUAACAUGACUUUAGUCACUAAUAUGUUGAACAUUAGUGUUCCAAAUUCAUAUCUGGAGAGGGAUUUUUCUAUUAUUCUUUGGUUUUAGCCAUAUUUAUUUCCAUGAAAUUGUGAUCGAUUUUAUUAAGCCUUGAUUAUGAUCAUAGUCUGGAACAAGAACAAUAAACACAAAUGAUUUCCAUGAAAAUGUGUUCGAUUUUAUUAAGCUUUGUGUCUGAUAAUAGUUUGGAGCAAGGACAAUAAACACAAAUGAUUUCUUACACAAACAAAAUCUGCCUUUUCCUUUGUUUAAAAAAUAAUAUUGGAGUCUUCACUACUACAACUUUUACAUAACUCUUAUUUUAGUUACAUUGAUGAUGAGUUUUAGUAAUUUCAUAGGUUAAAUAAAUUUAGGGUUAUGUUGGUUAUAUUUACUUUAGAGAAGAAUAAGCAACGUCCAUUAUUUAUUUAGAAAAUCUAUUGGAAUUUAUUAGGAAGAUUUUCGGUGUAUAUUUUGUAAUUUGUCGGUAUAGUUAUUUUUCAUCACGUUGUCUUAGUUGAAUUUGAAUUUGUUCAUCAUGCUUUCUUAGUUGAUUUCGGUUGUCAUUGAGGAACGAUAACUGGACUGAAAUCUCCAACAAGCACUGGUAGGUCAAUUCUGGAGUAAAUCAAGCUAGACUUCUGCCAAUGUCUGGUAAAACUUUGCCUUCUUAUCAUAAUUACUUUUUUUGAAACUUGAACUUAUCAUAGUUACAUAAUCAAGAAAUCUCGGAGAGGAUAAAAUAAGUUUGCUAUUUGAGAAUUAUCUGACGCUUAUUUCAAAGUGGAAUCAGUAUAACUAGAUAGGAGCCAGUUUUACUAGAGGAAAGUGAUGGUUUAUGUUAUGGAAUUUCGUGGAUAGGGAUCCAGACAAGUCUAAUACUUGUGCAGUCAGAAAAUUAUACCAGCUCUUUUGAAGUGGGGCUGGAGCUCUUCGAGAAGUAUGCCAGAUAAUCAGAAGACAUAGUAUUUCACGGUAUAAUAAUUGAGAUAGUGUAUUGUAGGCCUGGGCGUUCGGGUACCCGUUCGGGUUCGGGUCGGGUGAUUCGGGUUUUCGGGUUUUCGGGUGGAGAGGUGUAGAACCCGUUCGGGUUCUUCGGGUCGGGUUCGGAUUAUUAUGGAUCGGGUUCGGUUAUUUUCGGGUAUAAUUGAAACACCCAAAUUGUAUAAGACCUGAUUUAAAAAAAUAUUCAAAAGCUUAAAACCUGAAUCGAUUGUCAAAUAACAAAGUUUCAAACCAAAAACAAACAUCCUAGCCGAAACAGAGUAAUAUAUUUUGCAAUAACAAACCAAAUCCAAAACAUCAACCAAACUUAAACAAAAAUCAUAGAGUUUUGAGUCUUCACCCGAAAACAUGAAUCAAAAAAACCAUGCAAACUUAAGAAACUUGAAAGCCAUCUGUGACACCAAAAAGAAACAAUUUUAAAUAUUAGUAGAGUAGACAAGCAAAAGAAAUGCAACACACGUAUAAAAUUUAUAACAUGUUUUACCUCUUACCUUGAACCAAAUCUAUAUUAGCUUAGUCCUCUAGUCUCGUGGCUGUGAUAGAUGUUCAUACUCUGUUCAAGUAAUGCAAAAGUUAGUGUUAGCAAACAUAAAAAAAAAUCAUAGCAAUAUACAAGAAUUUUACAAACCUCUCUCCAUCUUUUCUUCGUACUCAACAUCUCCAAGUAUCUGAGCAUUGGUGAGUACCUUUGAUUCAAGUCUGAUGUCUUGUUCACCAACAUAUGAGUAUUAAUAAAAAAGAAUUAAGCCAAAUUAUACAACGUAACUGUGUACCAUACUAUAUUUUUAUUCUAGCAUUAUUUAUGAAACUUAUACUGUGUAACAUAUAAAUUUGCCGUUUUGGAGAUGGGGUCAAAAUCUACUUUGUCUUUUACAUUUUUGAUCAUAUUCUUUCUUGAAAACCAAUAAACGUCUUUUCUUAUUAACGAGGGGACAUUCUCUUUUCUUGCAUAUUUUUAUUUGGAUUUGGUUAGCAUAUAGUUAUUGUAUUAUGAAUGUGUUUUGGUUUUAAUGUUAAGAAUUGUUUUAUGAAUUUUGGAUAUUUAAACAAUCAUAACACCAAAUUACCCAUAACUGUGACCAACAAGGCAGCAACUACAACGCGAAUUAAUGCACUUAUACCAAACCGAAGUGCAUAUAGUAUGUUGUUUUAAGUUUGUAAUGAGUUCAUCAAUAUUUCGACAACCUUCCCUUUUGCUAUAUUAUGGAGUUGAAAGAAUAAUGAACCGUUGCUUUUUAAAACACAUAUAUUUAGAGACGACCAGUUUCAGAGGUGCAAGCAAUAAUCAACCAUGAACUCUUGUCUCUAGAACUAAGUUAUUCAAAAACUUGUAACUUUCUCAUCAUACACGUUUGUACUAUAAAAGUUUUCAGGUGAAAGAAAUAUCAUUGAAAAAGAAGAAUACUUUUAGCUCUUACUCCCAAUUCUUUCAUGAGGGCAUCUCCAAUCCUAUAUUUUUUUUCAUCUAGAGUAAAAUUGAUUAUGCAGUAAACAAUGCUCUAAUUCAACUCUAUAUCUUACUACAUAAUAGAGUUUAUUCUAUAAAUGAAAUAAUCUAUUUUUUGUUUGUUAAUCACUUUAUUAUGGAGUAAAAAAUAGAAUUGAGUUGAAGUAUUUUUACUAUAUAUUCAUUUUUAUUCAGUUUUCACUUUUACUCCAUAUGCAGUAAACAAUGCCUGAGACUAAAGGAUAAAUUAGAGCAUCUCCAAUGUAAUACUCUAUUUUUUCUUCUAAAAUAGAGUAAAAGAAUAAUGUUUUGGUUGUUUUUUUUUUUAACAAAACUAAUAUGGAUCCAUUAUAGAAUGAGUAAGGUCGAAGUUCUUUCUCUUUGAGAGGGAGAAUAUUUUUCUCUCAAAAACAAAAUUGGGUGGUCGGGGAAGAAACAAAAUCUAAUUCUUAAAUUAUAAUGGGGCUUGAAGAGGGUCUCACCUUUUCGCUAGUUUUGCGAACCCAAAUGCGCGUCUUUAUUGGUCCAUGUGUGGAGCCUUAUGAUGUAACGUGUCAAUAAAAUAAUUGCAAGUUUCAAUUAUAAUAAGUUAAUAACUAAAAUCUACUAAUACUAUACAAUGUUUAAUAUGUGGGUGUAAAGACAUCGUAGCUUAGGCCAUUGUGUGGUCCAUUGAUGCUCUCUCUUCCUUUGGCUCGCAUGUGUCCGACCACAAGGUGGACCUUGAGAUUUUGAUUUGUGCGGUUGUGUAACCAAACAGAAUUCUGAAGCCAGUCUCAUUCAACAAGUCGUAUAAUGAAGAAUCUACACAUGUCCUGUUUUGAUCAAUGUUUUCUAAUUGGCUAUUGGGUAAAAAAUUGGUGAAUUUUCUUGUUUACAAAGUUGCAGGCACCAUUAUUUAUGUUUACCAUCACUAAAGAGACAUUUUCAAAUAAUAUUUUAUUCAUUAAGAAGCAAAAGACUCUCGCACUCUUGAUUUAUAUAUAUAUAUAAUAAAUAAUUAUUUAAAAAAAUUUAAAAAAUUAAAAAAAUAUUUUUUAAAAAUAUUUUUUUUAUGUUUUUGAAUUAUAUUUUUCCAAUUUCGAAUAUUUUUAUAAUAUUUUUUAUUUCUUUUUUAUUUUUUCGAAUUUUCUUUUUGAAAUUCCAAAAUUAUCUUUGAAACUUUUUUUUAAUUUUUUAAAAAACUUUUCAAAUAUUUAUUUAUAUAUUUAUUAAAGAAUCUUAAACUCCACAUUCUAAAAACCCUACUCCACUCCUCGGUUCUAAAUCCUAAGUUUAUAUUAAUUAACCCAAUGUUAUAAAUAUCUUUUUCCAUUCUUUAAAAAUGAAAAUAAAAGUGGUUAUAUAAAUAUGAAAAAUUUGAUAUUAUAAAUGUGGCAUUUUUGGUAAUUUCCCUAAAACACUUUUAGCGUCUGAAGUCUACAAAAUCUACACUAUCUAAAACUAAAAGAGAUUAUUAGCCGGUGUAGUUUAUCGGUCUAAGUAAAUGUAAUUAUUUUGUCUCCAAAUAAAUUUCGUUUUUUUUUUUCGUUUUCAAUCAGAAUAGAAUAAAACCAAUUAAUUCUUUGAAGCUUUUGCUUGCUCUUCAUUGGUCCAAGAAGAAUUCCAUAAAUUACAAGUUCCUAUAGGAUGACUCGUGUCAAUCCAAGAGUAGUUUAUAAGUAGGGAGUGUAGUCCAAAUUUAAACUUGACACAUUUUAGGUUUGUUGGUAAACUUUAUUGUAGUGGUAAAGGCUCUACCAUUUUUAAGUCACUGAUUACGUAUUCUACUUUUACGAGAUUGUUUUUUAAAAAACUUUUUUCAGACAUAUUUAGAAGUUAAUUGUUCAAUGAAAAAUGCAUGAAUAGUUUAUUUCCUAUCAUUUUCUAUGAUUUUAAACCAAUAUAAAUUAAGAAAUUUUCAAUAAUUUUUUUUUAAUCUAUAAAACCUAAAUCUAAAAUACAAUUUUUUUUAUUACUUGCAAAUAAUACAUAUGUUUUAUGCUCUAUGAUAUUAUCUAAAUUUUGAAGUCCUGGAUAGUAAAUUUUAAUUAUUUUAUCCAUAUAACAUGAUCCACUGUGUUUUUUUCUUGAAUCUAUUUUGUUCGUUUGCUUGAGUUCAAUUAUUCAUUUUAUGGAAUCUUUUUCUUUUGUCUUGUAGAUUUAUUCUUAAACAUGUUAAAGAUGUAAAUUUAAAUCUAAUCUUUUUAUGAAGAUGGAAUACUUUUUAAAUUUUGAAAUUUAGUUAAAUAUAUAAGAACCAAAUUCAUUUUAUGGGUUUUUCUUUUAAUUUGUAAAUUGUUUUAUACAAAGUAUAUUAUCCUUAUGAUUUAUAGAUAAAUAACUUAAAAUUAUUGAAAAUUUAUUUAUGAUCAUCUCUUAGAAAAAUAAAUUAUGCCCUGAUUCAUAAACGAUUUUUCAAAAAUAACAAAAAUAAUAUUGUUAAAAGAUUAAUUUAAUAGUUAUACUGGCUUUGAUAUUUAUAAUGCUACUAAACGAUACUAAAAAAUCAUACAUACCCUCUGACAAAUUCUUACAACUAAUUUUUUGACUUCUUUUUUUUUUUUGAACAACACUAAAAAUCAUACAUACCAGCUUUCCCAAAAAAAGGUAUUACAUAACCAUUUUCUUUUUUUUUCUUUUUUUUCUUAAGUUUUCAAAACGCUAGACACGACUGUAAGCAGAGUCGGUAUUUAAGGCUAACCUCAUGUUUUUCAAUCGCCAAUAUUAUAAUCAAAUUCUUGGUUUAGAGGCAGCACUUGAGGCCAACCUCUCUUUAGUGUUACUUAACUUAGGUUUUGUACAUUAAUUUUGUUAUUUGUUUAUUAAAGAACUUUUAUCGUGCACAUAUACAAACAGCUAGUUUCUUUCAUCUCGCUUGUAGUCUUUAAAAUCUCUGGACCGAUUAUGAUUGUAGAUAUGAUAAAUUUUGUUAACACUAUGUUUUAUAACUCACGAAAUAACGUACAACAAACAAUGAAAAAUAUUUAAUAUUA